UCACUCCACCCUUGAUUGAUGAAUUAAGAUCACUAAUUAGUAAGAAUUAUUGUAUUAAAUACAUUUUGAUUUGACUAGGGGCCGUCUGCCAGGUCCUGACCACCAGGGUGGGAGACAUCCUGAACAGUACCUGCAACGACGAUUACAAGGCCAGGCUCAUCAUCCAGAAAGGAUUGGAUUCCGGUGCCAGAGAAAGGUUCCCUGGCUCUCCGUGUUCCUCUUCACCCAAGGACGAAGAGGAGGUGGUUGUAAGUGUCAUGACUGUCUCAUACCCUAAACCCUCCACCUCAACCCAGGCAGCAUGGGCAGCUCCUGCCCAGACUCUGGACGGUUUUCUGCCCAGACCCUGCCUGGAUGAAGAAGAGGUAGUCCCCAGCACCUCCAUGAAGGACAACACUGUGCCGAACACCCAUGCAGCACGGGCAGCUCCUUCCCAGACCCUGGAAGAAGAGGUGGGGGAGGCUGAGGUCUCCGAGAUGAGUGACAGCUCCCUGAUGCCUACCAAGAACAGGCAGGACCCCCUGGAGAAGAUUCCCUCCCUCCUACCAGGCAAGGAGCACAUCCUCCUUUGCAGCACUCCCUGGGCCACCAUCAUGAGCCCCCAGACUCUGAAGUUUAUUCUCCACGGCAUCAUGUGCCGACUGGAGGCCUCAGAGUCCCCCCAGACAAGGAGGGCUAAUGACCCCUUCAGGCUGAUGAAGGAUCUCUUUGUGGAGGUCCAGCAUGCCCUGAAGUAUGCUGACAUCUCUGUCGUCUUUGGCCUGGAGGAGAGCAUCCAAUUCAGUGGGGAGGAUGCGGUGAAGGCCAUUGUGAAGACUGCGGCUAAAAGAUUGUCCCUGCGUUCGGACUCCAACCGGGCUCAACUGCGUGCCGCACGCUCUGGUAGCGAGGGAGCCAUCAGGUGCAUGGCGGACACCAUCACACAAGUCAUAGAUGACUAUUCCGAGGACUGGAGUUUCGACGGCCAUUUUGGAGCCAGGAGGAGCCGUGGUAGUGGGAGGUCACACUCCUCAACCUCCUCAAGGAGUGACGUCACCCUCACCGAGGAGCUCCUGGCUUGGAGGGAAACACCAGAAGAGGACCUAGAGGAGAUGGCUGAUGACAGCACUGGUUUGGAAAAGACCAGUGUAAGCUCAGCCAUCUCUGAGAAGUCCCAGGUAAUUAGCUACCUUUCUGAAAGCACCAAGCCCAUCAGCAGCGCCCUCUCCACAGACCUCGAGGACAUCACCUCCACACAGGUGAGACGGCCAAGAACUAGUAGAUCGUUUUGUUAUUUGGGCUGUUUGAUUGUGAGGCAUCGACUCAUGUCUGUUUCUCUCUCUACUAAGAAGAAAGAGAAGGAAGAGGCUAUGAAGAAAGAAGUGAGGAAGUCAAGAAAGAAGAAGCGAGGAAAUAACAAGAACCAGAAAAAGAACAAGGUGUCUCCUCUUGGCAAUGAUAGUACUGUGGCUGCAGAUGAGCCUAAGAAAAAACAGGCUCUCCUCCCGCGGAUCACAGCCGCCCUGGCAAAACUAUUUUGCUUCCCCUGCAAAAAAAAAAAGCAAAAGUAACUGUUCAGAAGACGAGUUUGGGAAAACCCUGCUGCCACCUCCCCCAACCCACUUUCUAAAUAAACUCUCAAAGCCAACAGAAGAGGGAGGGAGACAACCCCCCCUACUCACAACUCAUUUUAUUACACCACAUUUAAUUCAAUAAACACAACUUGCAUCUAUUUUGAUCUUCUUCUUCUUGAGUUUUUUUUUUACAGACCCACCUGCAUGCUAUAGAUUCUUAAGGUCAAUUUGCUGUCUACUACAGUAUCAUUGUUAUGAGUAUGUUCACUGUGCCAGUCAUUAUAGCCAGUAUAGGCUAUAAUAAUGCCCUAACCUAAUUGCAAUUGACAUAAUAAG